UCACAGGUGUUCGUAAGCAUUACGGCGGUGUGUUGCAGUGAGUUAGUCGGUCUAUACUCUCACCCACUCUCUCGCUCUCUGUAGCAGCUUGAUGGGCGCUCUUUUCAAAUUGGGUGCAGCAGAAGGUUUUUAGGCUCGUUGCCCCCAACGGUGCCACUCUCGGUUUAGUCUUGAGAAGUUGAUCGUACCAAACACACCUGUAGACAAACGUAACGGUCGAAACGUAGUGAGCAACCAUACGGACGGUUUGGGUUUUGCUCUGUUUUUAUUGUUGUUUUGGUUUUUCGUUUGUGUGCUACGCUCGUUUUUCCAAUCGUGUUUGGCUGUUUGUGCAUUGUCUCCACAACACCGACAAAUACAACGCGUUCACCAAUACAUGAAAGUGUCGUGUACAACAACUACAACUAAUAUACUGUGUAUGUGUAAGAAAUGAAUAAAUAAUAAAGGAGUAUAUACCAUACAUAAGCAAUAAGCAAAAGAAGAUUAAAGUGCGCAGUAGCAGUGGCGACGAGCAUUCGUUUCGUCGGUAGCGGUCUAGUGGUGAGAAAAGGCAGCAAACCCUGGACAAGGUUGCCUAAGCAGGCGGGCGGGCAGUCGUACUAACUUGGCCAUGCCAAUGACGCGACGGUGAGCGCCACAAGGUUACCAACACGCGUCAACGUCAAGUGCUAACUGAAAAAUGCCUACCGAAACUACAAUGCUAGAGGACCGUCCUGGCGGCGGUGCCAUGACUAUGACGCGUCCGAGCCGCCUGGAACAAUUCUUGCAAGCGCCUGGCGCUGGCGGCGUGUCGGAACAACGUAGCGCGUCUAGCGGACGUGUGCCGGGCGGCGCUGCUGCCGCCGCGGCCGCUGCAGCUGCUUAUGAGACACAACUCGCUUACCAACAUCAUUUGGUGGCGGCUGGUUUAAUGGGCGCUGGCGGUGGCGCGGCGAAUGCGCAAGCGGCUCACUCUGCCUUCGUGCCGGUGCUGCCAUCACGUAACGCUAUGCGCGCGCCAGGCGCCGCCGCCAUUUAUGGUGGCAUGCUGGACGCGGAGGUGGCCAAGGAGGCGAGCAAACGUCACGGUAGUAAUACAAAUUUCGAGAUCAUCUCCAUGAUGGCGGAUAAGCGCAAGGAGUUGGCGUUGCGCGAGGCUGCCGCGGCGGCAAUGUUGAUGCAACGACCACCUGGACAGGGUCCACCACCGGGUGUGCCUACUGCUGUUAUGUAUCCACCACCACCGUAUUUGGGCGGACCGGGGCCAUCACCAACUGGCGCCGGCACAUUCGCCUUUCCUUCGGCAGCCGCAACGGCAGCGUUGUUUCCCGCUGGGCUGCCACCAACCAUGCACGCCGGUUUGGAUCGCCGUUUGUUGCGCGCGCCGGGACGCGCAUCACGUCCGAAGAAGCAGUUUAUUUGCAAGUUCUGUAAUCGUCAGUUCACCAAGUCCUACAAUCUGCUGAUACACGAGCGCACGCAUACCGACGAGCGACCGUAUUCGUGUGACAUAUGUGGCAAGGCGUUUCGCCGGCAGGAUCAUUUGCGCGAUCACAGGUACAUACACUCCAAGGAGAAGCCAUUCAAAUGUACCGAAUGUGGCAAGGGUUUCUGCCAGUCGCGCACACUCGCCGUCCACAAGAUCCUACACAUGGAAGAGUCGCCGCACAAGUGCCCCGUCUGCAGUCGCAGCUUCAAUCAGCGCUCCAAUUUGAAAACGCACCUGCUCACGCACACCGAUCACAAGCCGUACGAGUGUUCUUCCUGUGGCAAAGUGUUCCGACGCAAUUGCGAUCUGCGACGUCAUGCGCUCACACAUGCGGUCGGUGAUGGGCCGUCCGAGUACGUGGAUGUGGGCGAAGAAGAUGAAGGCCGACAUUUGAGUGGUGAUGAAGAGGACACACUACUGGAAGUAGAUUCACCGCGACAAUCGCCGAUACACCGCUUACACAGCGGCUCGCCAACACAAGAGCUCGGCGGUGCUGCUGGGCAUGCAGAGAAGUCUAGCGGAGAGGCACGCGCAGCAGCGCGCAUGCGUCUCAAGCGUAAGGCAUGCUAUGAUGCAGCCGAAAUUUCAGAUGAAUCAGAAGAGGAGUUAGACGAGGAUGAUGAGUUGGAUGAGGCCGAGCUGGAGGAUGAGGCGGAGUUGGGCGAAGAUGAGGACGAGGAAGAAACAGCGCAAAAUAUGCCAAAAGUUGGUUUACUAGAACCGCGUCCAACCGGGCAGGGUGUAACACAUUGCCAUCACGAAGGCGGUGAAAUGUACACUAUGCGUCCGACGCAUGAAACGCGCGACUUACAUGAUUCAAUGCAUGCUAGCGAUUCGCCGCACACUUUUAACGCACCGCCAACCGGUUCUGCUUUCAUGCCGUCCUCGCCGAGCGCACGUUACAAUCCGAUGCGCGCGCUACCCGGCUCUGGUGAAUCCAUACAUUCGCCCUCCACAUCUAAUGGGCCCGAACCGUACAUACCCAUGUUACAUGUGCGUAGAGAUCUCCAUCCAAAAGCGUUACUAUUAAGCGCCGCCGAAAUGAAAGGUGCAAAUAUAAUGCCACCAGGAGUAUUGGUUGGCGCAUCACCGCUGCCCACACCAACACAACAACCACCACCGACAGCGUCAACAAUUUCAUUGCCACCAGUGUUAACGCAGGCGCAACAAGCAAGCGGUAUAGCGCCGGCAGCGCCACCACCACCCUUACCGCCGCUCUUAGAUACAGGCAAGAAUUUACAACAGCCGCUGCACUCACCGCUCGAAUCGAUGCCCAGUUUUCUUGGUUCCAUACCGAUACGUAAGCGCAUUGUGGGACUCGAACAAAUGGCCGAGGCGCAACGCGCCUACAACGCGCACACGCAAAGCGCCGGUCUCAUGGCGCUCAAUAUGACGCGCACGCAUGCCGCGCUGAAAGCAGCGCCACCGCCGCCACACACUCUGCUCCCGGGGAAACCAUAUAUGUCAAGCGUAAAUCAAGCGCCGCUCUUAUGUGAGUCUAAAUCGCUGUUGGCUGCCGGUGGUGGUAUUGCUGUUGGUAGCGCGCAUGCUGACACGUCAGCGCUGCUGAGCCAGGAAGCGGCAGUGGGUAUAGCGCCAUUAACGAGCAGCAGCAGUGAGCGUCACUACCUGUUGCCACCUAAUAAUGCAGUUAAUUUGAAUACUCAGGAGCCGUUGAGUGGCGUUGGCGCAACGCGCCCAUCACUAUCACCAGCAUCUACGGCGUUGACUAUGCAACCACAUCAGCAGCAGCAGCAAGCAGCGCCACCACCUACGCGUCGCACCGGCUUUAGCAUAGAGGAUAUAAUGCGCCGCUGAGGUCGUGUUUGCUGCCACGACAUUCCUAUAUUUUACUUUUUACCAUACCGCAAGGGUUUCUUUAAGAUUUUUGAUAUACUAUUUGCUAUAAAUUUAUGUUUAAAUAGUUUAUAGAAUACAUUUACAAUCCUCAAGUGCCUUCUCAUAUGCUAUGUACGUAUAUUCUAGUGCUUCAAAGCCAUGCUAUGUAUACUUAAGUUAUCCACACACAUAAUUUAAUUAGUAUUUUCGCUUAGCUUAAGUUGCUUAUAGCUGUACUUUUAUGCAAAUCAGUGAGCUUUUUAUUUGUAAAAUUUCAAUUAUUUUUCCCACAUAUUAUUUUAUAUAUUACAGUAUGCAUGUACACACACACAUAUUUAUAAAAAAAUAUAUGUAAAAUUAGUUUUAAACAUCAUAAGUUACUAGUUUAAUAGCUCCGUUAUUUAGGUAUGUAUGUAUGUUUUCUACUUGCCGGGCACUUAGUGCUCUUAAAUGAGUUACGUAUGUAUGUUUACGUAAAAUAUUACAAUAAUGAAUACGUUUACUUAAUAAAGCAACAAAAGUAAUAAAAAUGUAUAACGAGUUGAGCAACGCAUUCUUUUAAGUAAUUUUAAAAGUAAUAUUGUAAGUGGAUCUUAUGUAACCGAUUGAGUUGGAAGAAAUUUGAAUAAAAUUGUAUUACAAGCAAGAAACUGUAAAUUUUUCAAACGAGGAUUAAACAAACUCAUCUAUACUGU